AUGAAAAAGCGAACGUUCCCCUCGGAUCUGUCCGAGUACCAAAUCAACAUCGUUUCCAAAGUCAAAGAGCAUCAAAACGCCCUCAUUUACAUCGGUCCCGAUCAAGAGAAAGGAAUUACCUUACGAGUAUGCCCGGUUUUUUGGCUCGGAGUAAGUACUGUCACACCUGUAAGAAAGCCUACAGUAAUGAGACAGAUCAUCUGUGUCCUGGUAUGUGUAAAUGCUGUCGUUUUAUGGAAUGUCUUAUCGUGUCCUGGAUUCAUUGUGACAAAUGUAAUCGGUAUUUCAAGAGUCAAGAAUAACAGGGUGACCGUAACAAUACCAAAACAUUUGGUUUGACCGAUUUGACAAGAAACAGAACGAACAGUAUGUCCGCGAACUUCCAGAUCCGACGGUCGGAAGAAAUUCCUCGAAUGGUAUCAACCUCUCAAACAAGAGAACUAUGUUUUCAAUGUCCAGCAAGAAAUCCUAAGUUACUGCCGUUCCGAUGUUGAUAUUCUCCGUCGCUGUUGUCUCGAGUUUCGCGAACUGUUUCGUCACGUCACCGAUAUAGAUCCUUUUGAGAAAUCACCAUUGCGUCAGCGUGUAAUCUCGUAUUUAGAUCGAAUUUCCUUCAAGAAGACACCAUUGCCAUCAUUCCUCCACACGGUUACUGCCCGGAAAACAAGCAAUCCAAUUUGGCCCUGAAAUGGUUAACCUAUACUGCUGAAAAGAAUGGCAUUUACAUUCAGCAUGCUCGCAAUGCUGGUGAAAAUCGUGUUGGCCGCUAUUUGCUGGACGGACAUCACGAUGAGACCAAUACUGCUUACGAAGUCCAUGGAUGUUUCUGGCACGGUGA